CAUACUCUAUAUACUGAGUGUACAAGUUCUGUACAAGUGGACUAUUUUGUUGCCCUUUUCACUUAUAUUGGUGCUUUUCUCACCACCACCCACCCAGCGGGGGAUGAAAACACACUGGGGUGGCUCCAGCAGCGUAAACAGAGUGCUGCUCUGUAUCCAUGAUGAAUCUUUGGAAUGUAACCUGGACCUCUGUAUCCAGAAAGGAGUCUCUGCUGUGAAACCAAGUCACCUGGCAUGUCAGCCAUGAUAAUUAAUGCUAAGGCUGUCCAAGUGAAUCUGGCUCAGCUUUUGCUGUGUCUCCUGUCUGUCUGGGAAACACGGCGGUCCAAGUUACCACCGUGCUGAUGAUACUGACACCUGGCACAGGUCAUGUGAACGUCAGAAAUGUUACAUGCAAGAGAAACAGAAGCUAAUGUUAAAUGAAAUAGUGAGAGCAUUAAAAUGGCAUGACUCAUGAGUAAACUAAACCAAGUCUGUACUAGCCAUCAGGAGGGGCUGAUUAUACCCCUCUACGCUGCUCUGAAACCACUCCCUCAGUUUGGCACAUCUCUGUGGAUCUUUUUUGCUUUCUUCAUUUAUUGGAUUCUCUGUCUGCUCUAACGUGCUCAGACGACUGAAGUCGGACAAUUUUAGGUUGCUUUCAGUGGUUCAUCAUUUGUUGACCCUCUGUUCUGCUCCCACCCUUCUGGUUGUCUUGUCCUGAUGGUAGAGUUACGAGAGACAGUUCCUGCCUGGCAUUCUGUGUUUAGGCUGUCCCUUUCUUCUGAUGCUUGCUUUUUCUACGUUUUCUCAUCUCUGCCUAAAGACUUGUCUCUUUCUAAGGGUGCUGACAGGUUGCGAAAGGAGGACUCUCAAUGAGUAGAACUUUGUCCACGAGGAGUUUGUGACCUUGAUGCUCUUGUUAGUGCUGGACUGUAAGGAACUGAUGCUUUGCUGGCGGACCUUGAGUCCACAACAUCUCACAUUUCCAAGCGCCCGCUUUUCCUUUCUGUCGAUUCUGAUUGUUCCUUUCCCAUUGGAGAUCAGAACCAGCAAGACAUUGGCUCGCCACCAUCACCAGAGAAACCUCUAAAUGGAGUAGAUGAAACAGAGUCUGUCAGCUCAGCUCAGAAGAGUCCCUGGUCUAGACAGGGCAGCAGUCCAAGCCAUUGCAUCGGGGAAGAGGACCACGUAUACAGUUUUCCUAAUAAGCGAAAAAGUAGUGAGUCAUCUUCAGCUGCUGCCAUGAACUCAUCGCUGGGCAGUAACCUGUCUGAACUGGACCGCCUGCUGUUGGAGCUCAACGCCGUCCAGCAGAGCACCCCUUCCUUCCCCACAGAAGAAGCAGCUCCACCACUGCCUGCAAGCAGCACAGUCCACCACAUCCAGGAGAAUGGAGUCUCCACGACAGGCAAAGCCACCCCACCCAAACUGGAGAAGCCCAAGCGCUCUGCAGCAGCUAGAGGAAUAGAGAAUGUACGGCCGAGUGUGGAGAGCCUUCUAGAUGAGCUGGAAAGCUCUGUGCCAGCCCCCUCUCCCAUUCCCACGCUGUUGGUAGUGUCAGAGGAACAAAACGAUGCACACGGGGAAAAACUGCCACAGCAAGUCAGGAUGUCUGCCUCUUCUGCUACACGGGAGUUGGAUGAGCUCAUGGCUUCCCUGUCGGACUUCAAAGUCCAAAGCAACUCUGGCUCUCAGCAAUCUUUGAAUCAGGACUCUGGGGACCCUUUAUUGCUACCUGGUUCACUAGUUGUCCAAGAAUCUAUAACUCCUCACAUUGGUUCAAAGAACACAUCUUUACCUUUGGGUUACGCGUCCCCUUUGUGUAUGUCGCCUUCAUUGGAACUCCACAUAGAUGAGGAUGGGUGUUCAGCUCCCACACCUUCAUUUGGAUCAGUUGUGCCACCUAAAAGCCUCCAGUAUUCCCACAUCCAACAGAGUAACGAUGACAGCCAUGUCUGUUUUGAAGUCUCACAUAUGGAGAGUUACACUGUUUCCAGUACUUCAGAAGCUCUGAGUCCAUUUGAAGUCAACAGCUCUUCACAAAUAUCAGUAAAUGCAGUAUCUACUAGUUCCAGAACUACUACCAAGAGCCCCAGCCCAGUUGUUUUUAAGAGUCCAGUUUCCCUGUCUAAAAUCCCCAGUCCCAUUUUUGGAGAUAAAAGUUCGAGUCCUGCUGAUGUUAGAGCUCAAAGUCCUGUACUUAAAAAUCUUCCUGUAACUCAUAGUCCACAGGCACUUAGAAAGAGCGCUAGUCCAGUGAAAUUACCUGCUGCUACAGACGCAAGGCCGCUAAAGGCGGCUAGUCCAGUCACAGUUCCCAGGCUUUCUAGUCCAGUUCCAAAAUGUGCAAGUCCUGUACCAGUUCCCAUUAUCCCUAGCCCACUGUCUAUACCAAGGAGUCCUUGUCCUGACACGAUUUAUAAAAGUGUUAGUCCGGUAACUAUUCCGAGACUUUCCAGUCCAGUUCAGAAUACCACUAGUCCUUUAACUAAUGCCUCCGGGUCUGCGGCCUUGUCUAAGAGCUCUGAUUCAGAACCUAUUCCUAGAAAUUCCUCCCCUGUACCACUGCCAAGGCUUUCAAGCCCAGUAACGGUUCCAAAGAGUGAGACUUUGUUUCCUAAGAGUUCUCCUCAAGCCAUCAAAAAAACAUUCACCGUUCCAGGCACCAGUAGUCCCAGAGCUUCCCCAGUUUUACCUGCUGCCGUACCAUCAAACACCGUGAUUGCCCCAGAAAGUAAAGGAGGGAAUGUUCUGGAUUUAGCGUGGCCAUGCCGGGAGCCGUUGCUGGAUGAUGCUUUAGACAGAAUUUUAGCUCCCAGCUCCAGUCGGCUGACUGAGAACCUGCCACCUGCUUCUGUUAUGUCCACUGAUGAAGACAAAUCCUGGGAGGACGAAGAUGUCAUUUACCCUGAUUUCAGCAGAGAGGGAACUCUAACACCUAUGACUGAGUCCAGCUGGAUAGAUGAAUGUUUCACCCCCUCCAGCUGCCCUGGGACACCAGAUGCAACGUUGGACCUGCCCACACAGCAGCCCUCUGCCGUUGAGCGACUUUCUGCUUCUGGUCAACUCAAGUCAGUGAUCCGCCGCACCAAGGAGACGUCCAAUGUCCAUCCGAUGUACAGGGAUGGACUGAGACGAAAAAUGGGACCAAUCAUUGUGCAUAAAAGCAACUCGCAAGAUCGACUGAUUGAGGAGCUGCAGGGUAAAUUGGGGAUUGGGCGAGUGGAGCGCAGGCGGAAACAACAGCCCGAUGACUGGCUGACGGAGGGAGUCAUUGUCAUGUCCAACCCACAGAGAACUCGGGAGGAAGGGAUUCAGCCAUCUGUGGAUAAGAUUAUCAUCCCUCCUGAAUCACCAGCCCCACAGAGAAAAGUCCUCCCCCCUCCACAGUCUCCCCCAGCACCCAAAAAGCCACCCCCAGUCAAACAGACUCCACCACCUCUACCUCCUCCACCUCCAACGCCCCCUCCUCCUCGAGAACCCACCCCUCCACCUCCCAAGGAGCCUACCCCUCCCCCACCUAGAGAGCCUACACCUCCCGCUGUCCUGCCCCCUCCAUCUCCUAGCCCCCCACCUAAGCCUGUCACGCCACCCCCAUCUCCAAAGGUCUUUGUAUCAGUGGGUUGUCAGACUGACUACGACCCUAUCUUCCCACCACUGCAGAUUCAAUCGCAGGGAAAGACCUCUCCCGCUGCUCCCCCAAAACAAGCCAACAAGCUGGACAACAUGCUGGGAAGUCUGCAGUCUGACCUCAACAAACUUGGAGUCCAGACUGUGGCGAAGGGAGUCUGUGGUGCCUGCAAGAAACCAAUUGUUGGACAGGUGGUGACUGCCAUGGGCAGGACGUGGCACCCGGAGCACUUUGUGUGCACCCACUGUCAGGAAGAGAUAGGCUCCAGGAACUUCUUCGAGCGUGACGGGCAGCCUUUCUGCGAGAAGGACUACCACAACCUGUUCUCACCGCGGUGCCACUACUGUAAUGGACCCAUACUGGAUAAAGUAGUGACAGCUUUGGACAAGACAUGGCAUCCAGAUCACUUCUUCUGUGCCCAGUGUGGAGCCUUUUUUGGACCAGAAGGUUUCCAUGAGAAGGAUGGAAAGGCGUUCUGCAGAAAGGACUACUUUGAUAUGUUUGCCCCUAAAUGUGGAGGCUGUACUCGAGCCAUCCUCGAGAACUACAUCUCUGCUCUGAAUUCACUCUGGCACCCCGAGUGCUUCGUCUGCAGGGAGUGCUUCACACCAUUCAUAAACGGCAGCUUCUUUGACCACGAUGGCCAGCCGUACUGUGAGGCUCAUUACCACGAGCGGCGUGGCUCGCUGUGCUCUGGCUGCCAGAAGCCCAUCACGGGCCGCUGCAUCACGGCCAUGGGAAAAAAGUUUCACCCAGAGCACUUUGUGUGUGCUUUCUGCCUCAAACAGCUGAACAAGGGCACCUUCAAAGAGCAGAACGACAAGCCCUACUGCCACGGCUGCUUUGUCAAACUCUUCAGUUAGACGUCGUGUCUGUCAUGUCUGCAAACAUGUGUAAGUCAGAACGCACAAGUGUCCAAGUGCAUCUACAAAUCAGCGGUUUUUAACACGUUUUUUCUAAAAACACGAGUAGAAAAUGUCUAUUAGCUGUGACACUGAACAGACUUCUCUUGAUGUCCACGUUGACUUGAGACAUUUUAACAGAGCCCAAAGAGAUUUUUAUUCCUGUUUGCGACAGAAACAAGCUAGAAAGUUGCUCCUUUCCCCUUGUGUUUGUGUACAUAACUAUUUUCUUCCUACAGUGCAGGGCAAGUCCUUGCAUCACAUGAUGGUGAGUCUAUGUGGACACAGUUUUAUGCAGAUGUGAGAUAAGCUGCUUGACUGCAUGGACCAUUAACAGCUAACCUAAAGUAUCAGUUUAAUGAGUGUAGAAUUGCAGUGUUUAGCCAAUGAGUGCUAAAAACAGGUAUUUUUCUAGCCUAUGAGGUGCCAUUUAAAAAAAAAACAACACUUUUAAUAAGUACUUGCACAAACACACAUCCUCUUCACUUCUUUGACAAACAAGUGUAAGAACUUCAAAUAUGAUCUUAAAGAUGUUUAUCUUUUUCUACAACUACCCUCAGUUUUGGCAUACAUUUUACUUCUAUUACUGCUGAUCUUUUAUUUUGUUGUUAAAAUCAAAUGGAAAAUUAUGGUAUUUAAAUGUUUCUCUUUAAACCAUCGAAAGAAAGAUCUCUGUUCUAACUAAACCACAACAAUAGCUGUUUCCAUUACCUGAACCCCAGGGUAAUUCCUGGAACAGGGAAAUUGACCAGGAAAUAGGAUGUCCCGGUCCUCCUAGCUGUUGUCUCCACUCAAAUUUAGCACUUUCAGAACUUUUCUCAGACGUCAGCAUAUCGUGACUGCUUUGGCAGUGAGUGGUGUCACCUAUCAGCACCAAAGAGUUUCCACAGUAACAUUAAUAACAUUAAAAGCAUUUAUUCAGUCGAAGUUUAUCAUAAUUGAAUCCAUUCGGAGGACGAGAGCCGCUGUGUGAUGUAAAAUGUGGUGUUCAAUGACCAGAAGAAGUGCCGUUUUUUAUAGUCCUUUGUGACACGACAAAGCCCCAUUAUUUAAGUCGUUGCAGGGGAAUUCCCCUGUUUAUUCCAGUGUCGGAGACUAGUAACAGCUGGGGUGGAAUUCUGCCAUGUUUUCCGGUGUCGGGAGUUGGAUUUUAAGCGCAAUCUGUGCUUAUUUCCUUUGCUUCCAUUCUGCUUCACCAGCAACUAUUCUAAUUUUACUAAUGCUCUGCUGAUGUCAUUUCCUACUGAGUUACAACCAAUCAGUGUGAGUUAACCAGAGGUUCUACUCAGCCACUCCACCCACCCAGCCGUUUGGAGUACCUACCCCUGAGCAGGUACUCAGAAGGUUCCAGAAAACGGCCCGGUCAACUGGAGACACGCAUGUCGAGUUUCCUGUAGAUCUACCCUGAAGUUCUGGUAAUGGAAACGUAGCUAACAUGUUAAAGUUCAUUUAUAAUGCUCUUUUUUUUAAAUUCUUGUUAAAAAUCAGGUCUAUAAAUGUGGUUGCUAUGGUUAUGUUUUAAACUGUGGUGCAAUUAAGGAGAAAAAACAAGUUAAAACAAAUGAGAUUGUCUUUAUGAACACGGGUGUUUUUCUGCUUGCUCAGUCAUUAAAGAGAAACAAUCUAAUAUUUUUUUAAAUUUGCCACUUGUCUGAAUUUAUCGUAUCAAGUCGAUAUGUAAGGUUUACAAUGAUUGUGCGUUUUGAACAGAAGCAUGCUUGUUUCUUUUAGUUUUAUUAGAACCAGCCUCCAGUUGCUGUAACAAUCAGAAUCUAAAUUUCUAUGCCUGCAGUCACUCAACAUGGUGGCAGAACUGUGUUUUGUCUGUUUUUUUUUUUUUUGAUGAAGAUAUAUUUUUGAGCUAGUAAGGCUCACACUUUUAUGCUAAGAGCUGGCUCUGUUAGUAUGUAGCCUACUGUAACAAGAGUUUUCCCAAAUCCCAUUUCUUCAAACGUCCACCAGCUUAGAUUCCAGUGGGUCAGACUUCAGAGGAUCCUGCAUUUUUAUUAGAAAUCAUAAACUGUGAUCCUUGCAUCAGUGCAACAGUCACUGAUGGAAGCUGGAUGCUAUUACUUGCUGGUCGGGACUCACCCCAAACCAGGGCCAUUUGAUUUUGUUUAAUCACCACUCUGAUUAUGGCUGAUGUUGUUAUAAGGGAUGAGUAAGGGAAGAUCAUGGCCUUUUUUUAAAUCCAUGCAGAAGUCAAAACACAUUAAUUUCAUUCAAGGUUUUGUUGCUUUUUGUGCCAAACGUGUCAAUGCAAUAAGGUCGUACACACUGUGGAAACCUCAGGCUUUCCUGGGAUUUCACCAUCUCUGGGCUGAACUCUGGAAAAGGCUUCACUGCUGUGGUGUAUCUGAGCUGAAUUAAACACUGUAAUAGAAGAGCUGAGGACUCCUUCAAUCGCCGCAUUCACCUGUAGCAGAAUCAGAUAAGUGGGAUGUAGCGGGGGCGAAUGUGAGUGCUGUAAAAAUGUGUGUUUGCACAGUAAACUGCCUUAUUUUUGCUUUUAUCAGAGAACAAUCAGCCUUAUUACUUUUACUCCAAAUAUGUGACCUGCUUCAUGGAGAAACCAUUCAUCUGAUUGUUUACUGUUUGAAUUUCAUUAUGAGCCAUAAACCUGUGUGGGGGAGAUGUAAAAAGGGUUUUUUGGGCCCUGAUUAUUGAUUAACAUCUGCAAAUAAAAUAUCAAGUCUUUA